CACUCACUCACUCAGGGGCAGCAGGCCAACAUCGGACAAUCCCUCCUUGAUCCGCAGGCUUUUUCUGCGGUCAGAACCUUAAAGCAGCCCUUUGCAGGAUGGCAUGUGGAGAGAUCGGGGACUCUGGAAGGUUCCACCUCCCCAGUCGUCAUCCUUGACCAAGAAUGGUUCAAUUCCGCGCUUUGAUAAGCGAUGAAUAAGGUGGGGCCCUGCUCAAGAAUUGUGCAUAAUCCGGCUGGAAUCGUGGGUACAGGAGGGACGGAAUAUCGGACAUCCACAUCUGCGCCAGAAGAGGUGGUGGUGGCGGUCGGUCUGGCGCAGGCCUAUAUAGUUGUGGAACUGUCGUCGUUGUUCCUGUCUUCUUUUUCUUCAACGCAACACAAUACUUCCUUGAGAUACCUUCUUUUGUUUCGAUUCUCUUUGCUUCUCGCUUCUCGCACAUUCACGCAUCCACAAUGGCCGCUCAAUUCAAGAACCCUGCCACCACCGCUCUCCUGGAGCUGGCCAAGACCCGCCGCUCCCACUACGCUCUCAAGGCUGAGAGCCCCAUCGCCGACGAGGCCAUUGAGCACCUCGUCCAGCAAGCUGUCCUGCAUACCCCCAGCUCCUUCAACACCCAGACCGGCCGUGUGGUCCUGUUGUUGAAGGAGGAGCACCAGAAGCUGUGGGACAUUGCCAUCGCCGCCCUGGAGGGUCUGGUCACUGCCGGCAGGGUCCCCAAGGAAACCUUCGAGAACCAGACCAAGCCCAAGCUCAACGCCUUCCGCAACGGCUAUGGCACUGUCCUCUUCUUCGUUGACUACGACGCCCUGGCCCCCAUCAAGGAGAAGUUCGCCAUCUACGCCGACAACUUCAACCCCUGGGCUCUCGAGUCCAACGCCAUGGCCCAGUACCUUGUCUGGACUGCUCUCGAGUCCGAGGGCUUCGGCGCCAACCUUCAGCACUACAGCCCCCUGAUCGACGACCAGAUUGCCAAGCAGUGGAACCUGCCCGCUUCCUGGAAGCUCGAUGCCCAGCUGGUCUUCGGUGUUCCCACCGCCCAACCCGGUGAGAAGACUUUUAUGCCUCUGGAGGAGCGCUUCAAGGUCUUUGGCAAGUAGGCGGCUUUCGGUGGUUAGCUUUUAGCUAUUUCAGCGAUGCAUUUUUGUUAUAGAGCUUGAU